CGCAAUAAUUCAAUAAAAGAUCUCUUUAAUUAAUGAUAUCGUCAAUUCUGAAUUAUUGCGCGCAUUAAAUUAAUUGCAUUGUUAAUAGUAUUAGUAAAUAAAAAUUUGCAAGCUUUAAACAAACUGCAUUUCUGACUGAAUGAAUUAUGUAUCUUGAUUAAAGAAUUGACCUUUUAAUAUGUAUUUACUUAUAAAAAAUAAAUGUUUAUAUCAUGUUUGUUAUACCAAACAUCGGAGAGGCGCGAGGUAUAUAUAUAUAUACAAGGUGUCCAGUGCGUUCAUUGUUUAUAAUAAUACUAACAACCAAGGCAUUUAUUCAUUAAUAAAACUGAUUGAAAAAUGCUUGUGUGUGUUGUCGGAAUUGUUUUGAUUUCCACGCGAGGCAGAUUUUCAUAAUAUGCUAAUUAUUUUUUUCACAUACGUGACAAUUUAAAAAUAUUGACGCACAUUGUAGACGGGAGUGUAAAUAUGUAUAUAUAAUGCGGUUCCUGUUUACUAUGUCAUGCUCGAACAACUGUCUACUUCGCAGUAAGGUUUUUUUUUUUUUUUUCGUUAGAUCUUUUUUGAACGCAUUUACAUCAUACUUAUAAUAUGAUUUGAUAAAAACCAACCAUCAGGUUAAAAUGUGCAGCUUUUUAUUCUUUUAUGAAAUAAUUGCAAAAUGUACAGAUAACGAUCACGGAGGAGCUAUCAAGUGAACGAUAAGGCUCCGAAUUCCUGGGUUGGUAUUAUCCAACUAAACAAAUAUCAUAAUAAAGCAAAGCUGUUAAAGCGAAGGACAUACUCGUGCAUUUACGCAAGGUUAGGUCGAUAGGGGUAUCCUUUCCUGCAGGGUGAUGGCAAAAAGAUGCAGCAAGGAGAGGGUGGGGAUAGUGUUGCUUGUCAUCGUCGUCCUUACCUGUAUCAUCAUACCGAUCGUCUACCUUAUCCACGAGCCCGAUAAACGAGAGGACGGGCCCAUUACAUCCCCCACACAACCCCCCGUGCCAGCUAUCCCGGCUGAACUUCACCAGCGAAUUGACUGUUUACCCGAGUCCCAGGGGAAAUUUGUUAAGCUCACUAAAGAAGAAUGCGAACGAAGGAAUUGUGUUUUUGUGCAAGAACAGUCAACUGCGAGUUGUGUGUAUCCCGCUAUUUCGGAUUACGGUUAUUCCGUUGUGCAGGAGUCGAUAACUUCGUCGAAGAACAUCACGUAUUUACGUAAAAGAGGGAAAAGUCCAUUCGGUGAUAGAAGUCCUGAUUUUCUGGAACCUGUUGUUGAAGUGGAAGAAAGAGGAGAUGAUCUGUUGAGAAUAAAGUUUGAUGACGCCAAAUCGAAACGAUAUAGCGUCCCUCUGAACAUCAACAUUCCACCACGGAGAGCUAGAGAACCCAAAUACGAAUUCAAGAUCGUGGACAAAGAAAAGUUUGCUUUCAAAUUGAUCAGGAAAUCCACCGGUACUGUAUUACUGGACACUUCAGUUGGUGGCCUGACUUUAACUAAUCAGUUCCUACAGUUUUCGACUCGGCUUCCCAGUACUAACGUGUAUGGAUUUGGAGAGAAUGUCCAUCAGUCCUUCAAGCACAACUUGAACAACCAACAGUGGCCAAUGUUCUCACGUGACCAAGGAACAAAAGGAAUUCACCAUUUUAAUCUAUACGGGGUCCACCCAUUCUACACGUGUGUUGAAGAAGAUGGGAAUACACAUGGAGUUUUGCUGCUCAACAGCAAUGCACAAGAUUAUGCAUUCACACCUCUUCCGAUGCUGACCUACCGAACUGUUGGCGGGGUUUUGGAUUUCUACAUCUUUUUAGGACCAACGCCUGAAAACGUCAUCCAACAGUACACAAAGGCUGUGGGGCGCCCGUUCCUGCCUCCGUAUUGGUCCCUUGGGUUCCAACUGUGUAGAUAUGGUUAUAACAAUUUACAGACUAUGAAGAAGGUGGUAGAGAGGACAAGAAACGCCAGUAUUCCUUUCGAUGUACAAUAUGCUGAUAUAGACCAUAUGGAGGAGCAAAAGGAUUUCACAAUCGACCAGGUCAAUUUUAAAGGACUCAAGGAGUAUUUUGACGAGUUACGGAGCCAAGGAAUGCGGACAAUUAUCAUACUGGACCCCGCCUUACUGAGCACAGACCCAUUGUACGAACCCUACAAAAAGCUGAGCGACGUGAAGGGCGCUGUGAUGUGGCGUGACGCUCCUGGAGACCAACGAUACAAGGAUCCAACAGGGGCGUUACUGGGAUACGUGUGGCCCAACGGACAAGCCGUGUUCCCAGACUUUUUCAAAACGGUAACUCAGGAAGUUUGGAAAGAGCUUAUAAAGGAUCAUCGGGAAAAUAGGCUGGUUAUGGACGGUUUAUGGAUUGAUAUGAACGAACCAGCUAAUUUUGGAACGAAUGAGGAAAAACCGUGGAAUUAUCCCCCAAACACCAAUCCUUGGAGUCUCCAUUGCCCAAACACACCACUUGAGGAUCCGCCCUAUCGAACCAAGGCAGCCUUUGUGCACGACCGGGCAGACAGUGAAAUACGUCUAUCGGAUAAAACGAUCUGUAUGACGUCACGACAAGGAAACGAAAAUGAACUGCUACAUUACAAUGUACAUAGCAUGUAUGGAUGGAGCCAGACUAAGCCCACCCUGGAUGCUAUCCGCGAGGCUACAGCUGAACGUGGUCUGGUGAUAACUCGGUCCACAUUUCCAGGAAGUGGCAGAUAUGGAGGUCACUGGUUAGGCGACAAUGACAGUUCCUGGUUGUCCAUGCGGAAUUCAAUCAUAGGGAUCUUGGAAUUCAAUUUGUUUGGAAUACCUUAUAUUGGUUCUGACAUCUGUGGCUUCUUUGAUAACACAACAGAAGAACUCUGUCUGAGAUGGAUGCAGCUUGGUGCCUUUUAUCCCUAUUCUCGAAACCACAACGGAUUGGGAAACAUUGAACAAGAUCCAGCAGCUCUGGGUGACAACGUGACAAAGGCCUCCCGCGAGGCGCUGGAGACACGUUACCGUCUGCUGCCUUACUUGUACACUUUGUUUUACUAUGCCCAUGUUCAAGGGCACACAGUAGUACGGCCUCUUCAUCACGAAUUUACAACCGAUGAAUAUACUUUGCAAAUCGACGAGCAAUUUCUAUGGGGAAGUUCCCUUCUCAUAUCGCCUAUAUUGUAUGAGAGUGCCCAAACAAUCACGUACUACCUACCAGUCGGAGUAUGGUACAACUACUAUACUGGAGAAGUGGCUCAGAGUACCGGUAAAAAUUUUACACAAGAUGUUCAACUAGAUUCCAAAAUUCUGUUAAGUGUAAGGGGUGGAUCUAUAAUUCCUCAACAGGCGCCAUCAACGACAACUGCAGAAAGCCGAAAAAACCCUCUUUCGUUAUUGGUUGCACUGGAUGGAGAUGGAAAAGCUCGUGGAAAUUUGUUUUGGGACGACGGGGUCUCCAUAGAUACUGUUGAGAACGGAAAGUUUUUGCUUGCCUCAAUGACUGUUGAACAGUCCGAGUUGACAUUUAAGUUCGAAAACUGGAGGACUGACGUGUUAAAAGAAGACCUAUUCAUUGACGAAAUAGAAAUCUGGGGAGUACAAGAAAAUGUAACUUUAGUUCUGAAGGACAGCACGGAACAGAUAACCAGUUUCACACAGAAGGGACACGUUCUCACCUUAACAAACUUGUCUCACCCGCUGUCAGAGGAAAUGAGCAUCAAAUGGAUGGGUGGGGACAUAGCUGAUCUUCAAAGAAUUGACUGUUUUCCGGAACGUCUAGGAAAGUAUGAAACCUUGACUAAAGAGAAAUGUGAACUAAGAAACUGCAUAUAUAACUCUACCAGGUCAGAAGCACCAGAUUGUCAUUUUCCCAUGACGGAAUAUGGAUAUAGUGUUUCGGGGGCUGUAACAAACACGCAGAAUGGAUGGCGUGUACCCUUGAAAUGGAAAGGAAAAUCACCUUUUGGAGCCCCCAUAAUCGAUCUCGUCUUCGAGAUAGAAAGUUACGGAGAUGCAGUGUUCCGGUUUAAGUUUGAUGUACCAUCGAAAAACAGAUAUACCGUUCCCUUAGAAAUGGAGAUUUCCCCUCAUCAACACGGUCUAGAACCAAGAUACGAAUUAAGGAUUACAAAUAAUGAAACAUUCUCUUUUCAAAUCAUCCGACGAAGUUCCCGCACUAUCAUUUGGGAUACAAGUGUUGGUGGCUUAACAUUUGAGAAUCAGUUCCUCCAAAUCGCCACAAAACUGCCCUCACGGAACGUGUACGGUUUUGGAGAAAAUGUACAUGGGAAAUUUCGUCAUGAUGUGAACUGGAAACAGUGGCCUAUGUUCGCAAGGGACGAGGGAACCGGGAAUCAGAAUUUUAAUAACCACUAUGGAGUUCAUCCAUUCUACAUGUGUAUGGAGGAGGAUGGGCAAUCUCACGGAGUUUUAUUGCUAAACAGUAACGCACAAGAUUAUGCCUUCACGCCACUUCCGAUGUUGAUCUACAGAACAAUCGGGGGAAUUUUGGAUUUUUAUGUUUUCAUGGGACCGGAGCCGGAAAAUGUAGUUCAACAGUACCACACGGCUAUUGGAAGGCCAUAUUUGCCGCCAUAUUGGUCACUGGGUUUCCAACUGUGUCGCUAUGGUUACAAUACGAUAGAGAAAAUGCAAGAGGCAGUGGACAGGACAAAAACUGCAAACAUACCACAUGACGUUCAGUAUGCGGACAUCGAUCAUAUGUAUAAGCAAAUGGACUUCACGAUAGACCACGAUCGAUUUCCCGGUCUGAAUGAUUACUUCAAAGGACUUCAGGAGAGGGGGAUGAAGACAAUUAUUAUUUUGGAUCCUACGCUGAUCAGCAAUGUUUCAGGUUAUCAACCAUACCAGAAAAUCAAAGAGGUCAAAGGAAGCGUAAUGUGGCCGAAAAAUUAUUCCGCACCCUCCGACAGCAGUGAUGCAGGAGCACUUUUGGGUUACGUAUGGCCAGAAGGGAAAGUAAUCUUUCCAGAUUUCUUUAAAAAUGAAACAAAGCAGGUAUGGGAAGAACUCAUCAAGAACCAUCACAACAAUCUGACUUUUGACGGUCUUUGGAUCGACAUGAACGAGCCAGCCAACUUUGGAACCAAUUUAGAAAAACCUUGGAAUUGGCCAGAUGGGGCUUUACCGUAUUGGAGUCUAAAAUGCAAUGAGAGUGAAUCAUUAGAGGAUCCUCCAUAUAGGACUAUGGCGGCUUUUGUCUACGAUAAAGAAGAUAAGAAAAUACUUAUAUCAGAUAAAACUAUAUGUAUGGUAGCGAAACAGGGAAACAAUGAAGAGUACAACCACUAUGAUGUUCACAGUUUGUAUGGCUGGAGUCAAACAGAAACAACUCUGAGGGGUCUCAGACAAGCUACGAACAAAAGAGGAAUAGUUAUAUCGCGUUCUACGUUCCCCGGAAGUGGAAAAUAUGCAGGUCAUUGGCUUGGCGACAAUUCCGCAGUGUGGCCAGACGUCCAUUUGUCCAUUAUCGGUAGUUUGGAAUUUAAUUUGUUUGGAAUACCGUACAUUGGAGCGGACAUUUGUGGGUUUUUUGGAAAUACUUCCCCACAGCUAUGUAAAAGAUGGAUGCAACUAGGGGCAUUUUAUACAUUUAGCAGAAAUCAUAAUGGGAUAGGUAAUAAACCUCAAGACCCAGCCUAUUUUGGAGAAGACGUCGCGGAAGCGUCACGCGUAGCGUUAGAAACCCGAUAUUCCCUUCUUCCCUACUUAUAUACCUUGUUUUAUAAGUCGCAUAUCAAAGGUGGGACGGUCAUGAGGCCUCUUCAUCACGAAUUUCCGAGAGACAAAAUUACAUACGACAUAGAUUCACAGUUUCUCUGGGGUCCAGCGCUUCUGAUAUCUCCUAUUCUCUAUGAAAAUCAAACGACUUUGUCAUUCUACUUGCCAUCCGGUCAUUGGUACGACUUUUACACCGGCAAACAUUAUUCGGGAGGGCAAAGACUCAUUCAGGAGGUCGAUGAAGACUCCAAGAUACAUCUUCACGUGAGAGGUGGACAUAUCAUUCCACAGCAAGAUUCGGCUCUGACGACCACCGAAAGUCGUCAGAAACCAUUCACGCUGCUGGUGGCUCUGGACGACGAUGGGAGACGUCAAACGGCAAAUGGCGAACUUUUCUGGGACGACGGAGAAAGCAUUGACACCUUGAAGAAUUCCAAAUAUUUCUAUUCAAAAUUUCAAUUCAGUAACGCUGUUUUAAGUAUGACCACUCAAAAGAAGAAUGAUUCACUUACACAAAAUUUAUUAGUAAACACUGUAGUUAUUUUGGGAUUAUCGAACAGGAUUAGAUAUGCUUACAUUCAAGGUAACGAUUCAGCCAUUAACAUUGAAGGUGACUCAAAGAAAACUAUUAAAAACCUGCAGAUUUCUCUUCGAGAAGAUUUUGCUAUCGAAUUUAGAGAGGAACUCAAACCGGAAGAGGAUGAAGCGUCACGAGUGGAUUGCUUGCCAGACAUCACUGAUGAUGAAAAUCAGAACAAGUUAAUGUGUGAAAAUAGGGGCUGCAUAUGGCAAAAAGCAGAAAAUAAAAACUCUGUACCAGCAUGUUUUGUAGAUAAUUCUAAGUAUGGAUACUCAUUUGUAAACGAAUCGCAUUAUACCGGUAGUAAUAACACAGUUUACCUUCAGUGGAGGAAUCGGUCAUCAAUGUUUGGAGGCGAUUUACAUAACAUUAGACUGAGUAUUCAGGAAAUAUCUGAAAACAUUGUGCGAUUAAAGUUCGAUGACCCAGUAUCCAAAAGAUAUGAAGUACCUGUUCCUUUAAAUACAAACAUUAGACCAUCUAUAGUAGAUCAAAAAUAUGAAGUAGAGUAUACCAAUGAUAAUAGUUCUAUUUUUCACUUUAAAGUUAAAAGAAAGGAUACAAAAAAGACAAUUUUUGACACGUCUCUUGGAGGUUUCACGUUUGCAAACCAGUUUCUCCAAGUAUCCACAAUUCUUCCCUCUACCUACGUGUAUGGUUUUGGUGAAAAUCGCCACUUCACAUUCAAACACGAUAUGAACUUCAAAAGAUGGCCUAUGUUCUCCCGUGAUAAUGGUGUGAAUUGGGGGGAUUAUGCAAACCUGUAUGGGGUUCAUCCAUUUUACAUGUGUGUUGAAGACGACCAAGGAAAUUCUAACGGAGUACUUCUGCUGAACAGUAACGCCAUGGAAGUUGUAUUUAGUCCUCGUCCAUCGCUGACCUACAGAACAGUUGGCGGGAUUCUUGACUUUUAUGUAUUUAUGGGUCCAACUCCAGAGAAUGUUAUUCAGCAGUACACAGAACUAAUAGGACGACCAUACCUACCGCCAUAUUGGGCACUAGGUUUUCAAUUAAGUCGAUAUGGAUAUAACAAUUUAGACAAUCUGAAGGCAGCUACCAAAAGGAUGACCGAUAAUAAAAUUCCUCUUGAUAUACAAUAUGCAGAUAUAGACCAUAUGGAUGAACGGAAGGAUUUUACAAUUGAUGAAGUGAAUUUCAAAAAUCUUUCAGGAUAUGUAAAAGAGUUGCAAGCUCAAAACAUACAUUUUAUUAUAAUACUUGAUCCAGCGCUCAUAAGUAACGAAACCAGUUAUGCACCUUAUGAACAAGGAAAAGUACAGAACGUAUUUAUCAAGUGGCCACAUUUUAACGAUUCGCGAAAUGGAACGGAUAUGCUGGGAUAUGUGUGGCCUAAAGGUAAAACUGUUUUUCCAGAUUUUCUUAAGAACACUACACGAGAAUAUUGGAAAAAGUUGAUAGUAGAGCACUAUCGUAAAUUACCCUUCGAUGGUUUAUGGAUAGACAUGAACGAGCCAGCAAACUUUGGAACUAAUGAGGAAAGGCCAUUCAACUGGCCUGAAAAUGUUAAACCGUACUGGUCACUAAAAUGUCCCACUUCGGCAUUAGACGAUCCGCCUUAUAAACCAAGAGGUGUGUAUGGACCCCGCUUGUCGGAUAAAACGUUGUGCAUGGUAGCUUUACAAAAUGAUGGCGAAUUCAACCAUUAUGACGUUCACAGUUUAUACGGCUGGAGUGAAACGGAACCAACUCUAUACGGACUCCGCGAAGCUACGAAAUCAAACAAAAGAGGAAUCGUUAUAUCGCGGUCUACUUAUCCAUCCAGUGGAAAAUACGCUGGUCACUGGCUGGGGGAUAAUGACAGCAGAUGGCCAGAUGUCCACGAUUCGGUUAUUGGAAUACUGGAAUUUAACCUCUUUGGAAUACCAUAUAUUGGGUCUGACAUCUGUGGGUUUUUUGGGCAUCCUUCUGCAGAACUCUGUGAAAGAUGGAUGCAGCUUGGCGCAUUUUACACAUUUUCCAGAAAUCAUAAUACAAUUAAUAUGAAAGAUCAAGAUCCUGCCAUAUUUGGUCCAGCAAAUGCCGAUUCCGCAAGAAGAGUUUUAAACUUGAGAUAUUCACUUCUGCCCUAUCUGUAUACUCUGUUUUACGAUGUGCAUACCAAGGGUGGUACCGUCAUUCGAUCUCUAAUGCAGAAUUUCCCCGAAGAUUUAAAAUCACGUAGAAUCGACACCCAGUUCAUGUGGGGAUCGGCAAUAAUGAUAUCCCCUGUCCUUAGUACAGGUAAGAUCGAGGUGGAGGUCUAUUUUCCAGAAGGUCGAUGGUUCGACUUUAAAACCGGUGAACUUGUAAGUCAACACGGUAAAGAAACGCUUACUAUGUCCGCCCCACGAGAUGAAAUUCCCGUCUUUGUGCGCGGGGGCAGCAUCCUUCCAACACAGCAACCGAGCGUUAACACAAUAGUCAGCAGGAAAAACCCAAUGGAAAUAGUCGUAGUCCUAGACAAAAACGAAAAAGCGGAGGGGUCGCUUUUCCUGGAUGACGGAGAGUCCAUAGAUACCGUUGAAAACAACAACAUUUAUCUGUCUACGUUUCGCUUCAAUGGGACACAUUUCGCGAUGAGAAUUCUCCAUCAUAACGAGACAAGUUAUGAUGAUAUAAACAUAAAGAGUAUCAGUAUAUAUGGAGUGAACCGUGAAAUAACUAGUGUGAAAAUAAACAAUACAAGUAUGUCAUUUGAAGCGAGGAAACCACAUAACACAUUGCAUAUCAUGAACUUAACAAAUACAUUGAAAUAUGACAUAGAUGUUUACAUAUCAUAAUGUAUACAUUUCCAAUAAUAGCAUCACAUAAACAUGUAUUAUUUUCAUGAUUCAAGGACAUAAGAAUGCUUGUAUACAACGUGUACUUGUUCCUCCGGUAUGGAAUAUGUUAAUCCGCUAGUGCAAUAUGUUGGCUAUGAAUUGAUCAAUGUUUGCUUUUUUAUGUGUUUCUGUGUAGCAUGUUCAGUACAUUUGUUUUGUGUGUAUUUUAUACUCGGAAUUAAUUAGAGUGAUAGUUAUCCCGCAAAUGCAAACAUCAUGAAGAGUUUUAGUGAAAUGCAAAGCUGACGAAAACACUCCUGGAAAAAAUUAUACAUUUUCGUAUAUAGAUUUUUCAAAGUUCAAUAAAUAAAAGGGAUAACUCACUUCAAGUAGGUUUUGUUUUCAACGUGCGUGAAAAAUGCUUGGGUUCGUCUCAAAAUUGAAAGUUCGUCAAAAUUGGGUCCAUUUCAUCAGUUUGAAAGAAUAAAUAUAUCGUAAUACUUUCAAACUUUAUUUAGCUUUGCUUAUAUAUUCAUACUAAGGAUUUAUUUGUAUCGAGCAAUAGCUAACACACAACUUCCAUUGGAAUUAUUUUGAAUGUAUAUCAUACUUUAAUCAUGCAUGUAUUACCAAAUAAAUGUAAUAAUUCGUA